AUCAAAGCUCUGCCGUGGUUAGUGCUGUCAUAUUUAAUGUUCGCUGUGAAUAAAUUUCCAACAAUUAGACGGCAAAAAAGUUAUAUGCAUGAGAUGUAGCUUCAUGUGCACAGUCAGGGAAAAACGGGAAAUAACAAGAUCCCACCAUGUUUACACGUCCUCUUCUCCUGCUGUGUACAUGUGUGACAGUUGGUGUGGUCACGGCACAGGGCCCCCCGCUAGACACACAAGCAAGUGCGACAGAGUAUAAACCUCGCAGAGGGCGUAUCGUGGCUCGCGUCCAUGGCUCCAAGCUGAACAUCCCCUCAUUACACAAGAAGGCUGCCGAGAGGUUCGCUUCCCAAACGAGGGUUAAUUCAGCAGAAUGUGGUGAGCUGUGUCCACCACAAUGGCUGACGUAUAUUGACGGAAUGAGGGGAUUGAUAGCGAACGUUUCCGAACCCGCCUGCGAGUUUGCCGAACAGUUUUCGGCUUGUUCCGUACCUCACGAAAUAUGCCAAACGACGCCCGUUCGUUUCCGAUGUUGUCCGAGUCACUGUGUGACUUCGGCAGCAACGUGCUAUCGUGGACCCCCUACUGACUUCAUUUGUGUGCCAAAGACCAUCCAACCGUGGAUGGAGAAAAUGUUCAAACUUCUGGUACUUGGCCAGGCUGUACGAACCUAACACUUGGGAAGUGUUCACACAGGGAUUAACUCCCUUGUCCAGUAUCUAAUUAAAUCAUAGUUUAGUGCAUGAAGAUACAUUGACAAAAUAUAUGAUAAUGAAAAUUGAAACAAAAAAGUGCAUUGUGACAUUAUAUACGUUCAUAUAAAAACGGACAUGCAAUGUGAUUGGACCACGAGUUUUUUCAGCAUCAGUUACGGCCCUUUCCAUCUAAACGAGAAUAGCAUUGAAGCUAAAAAACUGUUUCAAUAAAAUGGUGUGUAGUCUUUAUGUACUUUGUACAGAUACUAUAUACACAGUCUUAUACCAGAGGACUCCUGAAUUUCAGCAAGGGCUUAUUAGCAAGUAAAUUACUAAUAACUGUAAACAUCCCCUGAGCUGAGAGCCUAAGACCACCAGUGGUUGGCCCUCCUAGAUUUUAUCUGUGGUCCUGUAAAUUGAUUUCUGAAAAGUCAUGUUCAUAUCUGUAGAUGACGUUUUGCAUAUAAUUAAAACACUUAUACAUUU